CUCCAUGACAGCUGGUGCGGGCGGGAAGUGGAAAAGUGUUUGCGGAAAAGUCACGCCGAAUUCCGAGCGAACGAUUUCGUCCCUGUGUGUGGGUUGUGUUGGCGUGAACGUGAAAAUCGAUUCCCUCGCGAGUGGAAACACGAGUGGCUGGUGCCGGUGGGUGAGACGUAGGUGGGUGCAAAUGCUAGGAUUUACUGGUGGAAAAUGAUUGAGAGCGAAAGAGAGACGGAGAGAGCCGAUGCAGCUGAGAGUGAAUGAACGGUGCCCAAAACCCAGUGUUUUGACAGUGAAAGAGUAAGCAAGUGAAAGAAGCGUAAGAAGAAAAAAAAACGCCAUCCCCAGCGUUCGGCGAGAGGAAAAGCGCUUGUUGAGUGUGUGUUUGGUGACCGGAACGGUUCACAGGGUGAGAAAACCUCCUGUGCUUUCAUGAGUGCGUGAGGGAAAACUUGGAUUGUUUACUUUAGCGUACCAUUCAUGUGUUGUUUUGUACGUGUGUGUGUGUGGAAGUGUGUGAGAGGAAAAGAGGAAUGAGAGCUUCGUAGAAUGGUUCAAUGUAGACGAAAAAGUAGACAAGUAAAAAAUAAGAUGUUUACGAUAUAGCACAUUUUCCGGGAAAAUGAUUUCACGAUGCUGUAGCCAUUUACGUGAUACUAAAACAUUUCGGCCCUAUCCAUGUCAAAGCUCAAGAGACGCGAAUUCAUGAAAUGAGUACCGAGAUCUCUCAUUUUCUCGGCUCAGGGUUCCGUCCGUGAGUGCCCAUUUUCCUGCACCGUUCAUGUAGUUAUUUUCAGCCAGUGUUCGAUGAUUGUGAUAAUUAAAGGCUAUAAAAGCGGUCAUAGGAGCUGAUUCAUUGUGUGAACGUGAGAGUAAAAGAGCAUCAAUCUGAGUGCUGGCAGGUGCUUGGGGGUAGUGCAUCGGUUGCUAAAUACUAGAGUGGCGUGUUGUUACGGGGCUGGUGCAGCGGGGUGCAAGAAUGCAUCCCCGUAGUGUGCAGUGAGUGGGUAAGCAAUGCGAAACAUCCUGGCAAGGAAGUGAGGCGCAAUAGUGUGGCCCCCGACGCAUAGUGUAAGUGGUAAAUACCGUGUGGACGACGGCAGCGUGGUUGCUGGAUACGGCCUCGUCUUCGUACGCUGUUUGGCGGUUACAUCAGCAACGCUAACAAGAUUAGGAGCCUUGGUAGGUGAGGAAGAAAAAAAACAGACAAGGGAUCGUAGCAGGCUUUUCCUGGAUCAGUGUUACCUUUCCUUGGCACGUGCCACCGACAAUCGUUCCUGGUGCAACGUAUUGCACGUAGUGCAAACGGCGCGAGAAGCCGCAGCAACAACAUUCGAUCGGGAUACUAAGCGAGCUGCUGUUCGAAAAUUUCAUCAUGACCUAUCGGAGACUGCCCGCAUUGGGGUAUCGUUAGCAGCAGGCGAAACACGAUACUAACACCCGAUACAAGAACUGGUGUGAGAGAAAGAAAGUGCGAAAAAAAGCCCAACAUCCACCUACACCCUGCACUUCAAAGCGAGAAAUUAUCGAGAAAAGUGAUUUGAGAGCAUUCGGGAGCCCAACUGGAGAAACAAAAAACAUAGAGGCCGAUUUAAUCCCGCAUCGGUCACCGUUUUCUUCCAAAAGAGAGGGGUGCGGCAGUAGGAGGGUGGGGUCGGCCCAAGCCGGUUCCAAGUGGAAGCAAUUUUGAAAGCCUCGCACCAUGGUGGAGUCGGGUACCAUCAGUCGAAACAGCCCGGGAUCGGCCUCGAUCGUGGUGGCAGGCGGCCCGGGCGUUCGGAGCGGCAUCCUGGAGACACGGGUACGGGGCGCCUGGUACCGGGUGUCGGUCAGCCUGGAAACGGAGUACAUUUCCGUCAGCCUGGACGAAGCCUGUGAACCGAUCGAUCACUCCACCACACUGAACGGCACGUUAGGGAGCAACCAUAGUGGUAACAAUGGCUCGAACAACUCCUCCCAACCGUCGUCGGCGGGCGCUUCCGGGCCAUCGAUCCACUCGUCGGAAAACCUGAGCACCGGCCUGAACGCAUCCACGCCGCUGACAUCGAACGGCAGCGUCAGUCUACCGAACGGGGUCGCACCGGGGACGGGGGUGCCGGGCCCGGGCAGUGGCGGCUUAAAUGGCGAUAAUUUCCUCAACAACAACAGUGGCAGCGGGGGCGGUAAUAGCAACGGCACCGGCACCAGCAAUGCGAGCAGCACGAACGGCACUAACGGCAACACCCACAGCAACGGACCGGGCGCCAACAACAACCACAACAGCAACAACAACAGCAUCGACAACGGCAUCGCCGAGAUCUGUGACGUGCCCGACUCGGUGGCAAACCAGAAGCGACAUGUUCGUGUCAUCAAAUCGGACAACAACGGACUCGGCAUCUCGAUCAAGGGCGGGCGCGAAAACCGGAUGCCGAUACUCAUUUCGAAAAUAUUCCGCGGCAUGGCGGCAGACAACGCGAAAGGCCUGUACGUCGGUGACGCCAUCCUGUCCGUCAAUGGGGAGGAUCUGCGGGACGCGACGCACGAGGAGGCGGUCCGGGCGCUCAAACGGGCCGGCCGGGUGGUCGAUCUCGAAGUAAAAUUUCUGCGUGAAGUCACACCCUACUUCCGGAAGGCAAGCAUCAUCUCCGAGGUGGGCUGGGAACUGCAGCGAGCCUUCCUGUGUCCGCUCGGCCCGAACGCGUCCUCACCGCCCGGCGUUGCCCCGCGCAGUCCGCCCCGUGCCGAUACGCGUUACAUUCCCCUGCAGCUUACCCAUUUGGCCCGUAACCUCAAAUACCACGAUCCCGAAAACCGCUGCAUAGAGCUCCACUCACCGGAUGGCAUCCAUUCGUGCAUCUUGCGAGCGAUGGAUCCACAGGAAGCGACCACAUGGUUCAACGCGCUGCACUCCGCCAUCGGCAAGAGCACUCAGAAGGCGCUGCUGGACGCCAACCGGGCCCUGGUAUCGAUCAUCGGCGAGCUGAAGCACAUCGGCUGGCUGAGUCGGCGGAGCGGUGGUGAGCAGAACGGACGCUCCAGCUCGGAAAGCUCCGACGAACUGGACAAAUGGCAAUCGAUUUUCGUGGCAGUAACCGAUCGAGAGCUGCGCCUGUACGAAAGUGCACCCUGGUCGGUGGAGGCGUGGAGCAGACCGUUCGAAAGCUGUCCCCUGGUGGCCACCCGCUUAGCCGGUGCGGGCAACACAUCAACCGUCGGUUCCAACUCGAGCACCCACUCGAGCGUGUUCUGCAUCCGGUGCGGUACGACACGGGGCGUCGUUAGCCAUUGGCUGCGGUCCGAGACAAACCGGGACAUGGCGGCGUGGGCGCGCGUGCUGGUGCAAGGCUGCCACAAUGCCAUCAUCUGUCAGCGAGAGUUUUCCUUCCGCUGUCUCUUUCAGGGACGUCCUUGUCAAUUAAUCGUGCACCUGGACCGUGGAUUUACGCUGCUAGACAGCGGGCUUGGUCCGGCUUCGAAAGCCCUCUGGACAUUCCCAUUCGACAAGCUGAAAGGUUCGGCCGACGAUGGCAACAAGCUGCUGUACCUUGACUUCUCCGGCACGGAGGACGGUGCGGAACUGGAGCUGGACAUGGAGUGCUGUCCCAAGCCGGUAGUGUUCGUGCUUCACAACUGUCUGUCGGCAAAGGUGCACUCGCUAGCAUAAGCGUCCCUCGGCGCACUCGGAGGUGGUAUUACAACCGGUUUAGCUGUUUACCAUUUUUACUGAGCCGCCCGUCUGUAGCAGGUACGAACGGUAGAGUACUCCUGCGGGUGUCAUUGGCGCGUGAGUGCUUCGCUGAGCGAGCGGAUGGCACGAAACACAGACGCGCACACACACAGAGCAGCGCUCGUCCUUUUGAUGUAAUCUGUAAAUAUGGUCACCCAAUUGUCAGCCUCGGCCAGCUAAGAGCCCACGUGUAAGGAGCUUUUUGCACUCCACGUGUGUGUGUGUGUAAGGAGUGACGGAGUCAUGUUAUAGGGCAAGGUCGUCCGAAUCUUGAACCGUAAGCCGUACCACGGGUAGAUGGUUCGUUCGUAUGUUAUUUGUUUGCAUUCAUUGUAAUAAUGUUGAGUUUUGUUCUGUUUGUCGUAGUUUGUAGUGUAAUUAACAGUGUUUUAGCGGGAAAGUCACACGGUCGAUCAGUUUCGUGACAAGAUGCGGUUAACGCACUGCUCUCUAUCCGUCAUAGUAUAUUAAUUUGUAGCGCAAAAUGGCUAGUAUCAGCUUGUAGGAAAAUAAUGAAAGUUUGUCCUGAGCAUUAUUUCAUUCGUAUCAACCCGAAAUUUGUCAGAGGGUUUUGUGUUGUAAGUCACCAUCCAGUAUUUGACGUCAUACAGUCCUCCCCUGAAACGCCCACACGAUAGCUUAUGGCGUCACGCUCGCCGUACUUCUAUGCUCGUACUAUUAUCCCACCUAUUUAUUCCGCCGCCGGCAAUCGGCAACAUGAGGAAUCUCUUUGCAUAAUUUUAAGACUUUGAUCGACGAUGUCAAUCGGUGGAUUAAAUUAACGCCACGCCAAGCUCUAAGCGGACUAACUAGACUAACUUUUCCGCCGUAGGUGUAUACCUGUCAGAAUGCGUCCGAAGGCGCCACGUGUUCUGCAACGGUGCGCAUUUUUUUGUGACAAGCAUGGCGGAAGCACAGGUAUCGUCUUCAUUCGGCUCAAAGCGUAUUCUUUUUUUCGCCCUCUUUUUCUUCGUAGAAACAUACUGCUCCUAAGCGAGCCGUUGCUAUCGCGCUUUGAGAAUAUCGAUUUUAAGCAAAGAAAAACAAGCCACAUCAUUGAUUGAUGUAUCGAAAUUAGAAAACUUUCACAACGGCUCUUCACGCUUGAAGUGUGUUGUUGGGGCUAAAGCGGUUGUUUUAUGGGGUUGGGGAUAGAAAGUUGCUUCUCUGCUUUCCGAGGGGCAAAAGAGAGAAUGAAAAAAAAACUAAUUUCCAAAACUCGCCAGCAUGAUGAACCUGCAUUCCCAAAAAACAGAACAGUCAUUUCGGUGGGCAGUGUGCGUGUUGCACACAGCUGACAUGCUGUCUUUUGACAGUUGCUUUUGCUUUUUCGUUACUUUCAACUAGUCACAAAAUGUUGCAAAUUGGUUUCACUUUUUCGCAAAAACUGGCAGUAUUUUUUAACCCUUUCUUCACACUGUAAGGCAAUUUAAUUCCGCACAAAAACAACUUUUUACUUUUGAAACUUCCUUGCGCGUUUCGUGCAAAUCCACCAAACUUGCUCUUCCCCGAUACGAACAUAGUAGUAGUUCAUCAAAAAUAUCAAAUCAAAUGAUGAAUCUACUGUCGAUGUUGAGUUUGCGUUCCACUUUUGGCAGACCUGUGUUAAAUAACUGUAUAUUUCUCACUGGUCAAUCACUAGUGAGCGCAAUUAAAACCUUUGAAUAGUUUGUUAAGAUAGUUUGACAGUAAUUACCUCUACAUUUACGUACUGCUUCAUUUUCAUCUUAUAUUCUUCCUUCAAUAUCCCGUUUCAUUUCUGUUCCAAUUGCGUUUAUAAUUCAAAGCCAAUACGCGUACAUCAAGACAUCACAUCUCUCAUAUCCAUGAUGUUGUUAAACGUCUUCCCAAUAAUUCACACACUCACGCAUAUCGUUCUCUUCUGUAUUCGACAAACCAAGACGAAUGUUAAAUCCAUUAAAAGCAAUCGAAAAUACCCAUAGGCAAAGAUAAUGCAUAGUUCUAGCAGCAAGACUACCAUCAAGCAAUUGAAAAGAGCUUCCCUAAUUGCAUGGGGUCAACACCAAUAGAAGCAAUGUGACGCAGAGACUGGAAUGAUGAUGCAAAAUAAAUUGAUUUGUGUAACAUAUCUGGGAAGGGAAAAAGGAGUACAUGUGCAAAGCUGCUGCAAAUCAAUUCAUGCUACACAAAAACGAAUGCAAAGAAAGAAACAGAUGAACAUAACAGUGGCGAAACGAACGGGCUAAAGCGCAAGCAUGCAUUGUUGAGUUUGUGUUUGUAAAAUCUACUACUGUUCACUUGGAGUCGAGUUCACUAUUAGACCAUUUUCGUUUCUUGUUAACAGAAGCCUUGCUCCCACGGUACGAAUUUGUCAGCAUAUCCGCAAGGGAUAAGUGUUCCAUCCAUCAUCGUAACUGGCGCAGGAAACAUGUGUUACUAUGCAAGGGCAUUCUCUCGGCCCAGAGCACGCAAUCAAUUCUAAGCGUUAACAACAACAGUUCGGUUAGGUUGUCGUUACAAGAACCAUUUAAUACGUUGGGGACUGGAAAAGAUUCAAUUUUUACUUCACUCUCCGCCCGGCGUAUGCAUAAAACGAUGAUGGAUGUGAUGAGACGAUCAGUGGUGAGAUCACAGGACGCCCGAAAAACGUUCAUAGCAUCAUAUCAAGCUGUACACUCCUAGCGUAAGUUCUUAUCUCGAGCGCGUUCUGAAAUGAUAUUAAAACGAUCACAUUUCCAUACGAUAAGCAAGAUUGAUCUUUCUUCCCUAAUCGAACCAUCUCUCUGUAAAUAAAUCUCUCUUUCUUACUCCCUACAACACCCAUCGCGGGUUCCCUCGUUUGCCAAGCGAAGGAAGUGCAUCUGAGAGGAACAGUACCUUCAACUAAUGAAUAAUAAGUACAUUAGGCGCGCGCACACACACAGCAGAGUUACAGCUUUUGCCAGUGUAAUCAAAUGAGUUUGAUACGUUCUGGAUGUGUGUGGUGUGAUGAUCCUGAAGAUUCCAUAAGUGUUUUUGUGUGUAAGUGUACAUGAUCUUUAUAGUCAGAUGUAGCUGAAACAAACUAAAAGCUGUAGAAUACUGAAAGCAGUUGAUGGCAAUGCAAACGAAAGUUUUUGCUUCCCAAAGGUUGCAAAACAAAUCUAGGCGUAAACAAGACUCUUGGCAGAUUACAAGAAGCUUGACAAGCUGACCGAUAGAGCAAAACCCGUUUUACAUCGGAUCAAAACACAUUGCAGAAAAGGAAAAGAAAACCAAAGUUGUACUUUAAGUGUGACGUUUGCUAGCCAUCUUAACUCAUCAACCGGUGCAGUGGAGGAACCUUGUACUUUGUCUUUCUUCCUAAAACUGUACGUCGUGUAAACAUGUUCCAUGUAGAUGUAAAGUGAUGCAGUGCAUUGUAUGGUGGAAAAAAUAGUAGCAAGCAAAUGUAAGAAAUCGAAAUGCUGACAUAGCAAGCUGAACACAGCAAAAAAGCGAGCCAAUGAUUGUCGAUAUGCUCUUCGGUUGAGUCAUACGAUAUAAAUCGAACAGAAUAUAAUUCGAUGAUACAUUCGAAUAUCUUCUUUUUUCUCAAAUCUGAUUGUAAACGACAGCGAGACAGCGCGAGAGAAAGAGAGAUAGAGAAAGAGAGAGAGAGAGAGAGAGAGAGAAAGAGAAAGAAUUUAAGCAGUUACUAGAGAAAGCAUUUUGUGGUGAUGUUAGUAUGGAAAUGGAACAUUAGUAGAAAGUAUCUAAACGACUCGCUAGAGAAUUCAAAUCAGUAAGGUUGAAACAAAAAAAAACUCAACUAAUUUGUAAUCAAAUUUAAAGCAAUUAGACAAAAAAUGUAUGUAAUAGAACUAAUGCGUAUGAAAGUUUAGCGGAGUACAUGCAUACAAACGAAAAGAAGAAUGGUAAAGCAUUUUGGGAAGAGAAGUGAAACACAAAUCCAAAAUUGUACGGAAAUGUCUUCAAAUCAAUCUUUUUUCUCUUUAUCAAACAAAAAAACACACACAUACACACUACUACAAGCUGGUUCAAGCAGCUUCCUAACACCAUACUAAGCAUUAAUACUAUACAGCGUUGAAGGAUAGUAACAGCAGAACAGAACGAAUAGAGUGGAAAAGAAACCGUGUGCGGGUGGCCAGAAGGAAACCGAAAGGGGGAAAAGCUACUAAUCAUAACGAAAGUCAAAAGGGCUUGCCAGUAAGUCCACCACGAAAAAAAAUCAAAAAUAAAACAAACUGUAUCAUAAUUGCUGA